AGACGUCAAGCACAACGCAUGAAAAUGAAAGCAAGCCCAAAUUCAAAAUCAAACCUCUGUUUUGUGUUGUCAACAAAAUCCCAAUCCCCAACUCUUUGAAUUUCUCGAGAAACCUUCAAAUAAUAAAAUUGAAUGUUUAUAAUGAGACUGAAGGUGUGGUUUGUGUUAAUAGCGCUUGUGCUGGCUGCCACGAUUCGACCAAACGGUGCGUUUGAAUCGUCGUCUUCCCGGCAUCAGACGUCGACGGAGGCUUAUGUCACGCUCUUGUACGGAGAUGAGUUCCUACUGGGUGUUCGAGUCCUCGGCAAUUCAAUACGGGACACUGGAUCCACCAAGGACAUGGUGGCUCUGGUCUCGGACGGCGUCUCCAAUUACGCCAUGAAGCUUCUCGAGGCUGAUGGAUGGAUAGUGGAGAAGAUUAGUUUAUUGGCAAAUCCCAAUCAAGUACGGCCGUCGAGGUUCUGGGGUGUCUACACAAAGCUGAAAAUUUUUAACAUGACUAACUACAAGAAAGUUGUAUAUCUUGAUGCGGAUACUAUUGUUGUCAAAAAUAUCGAGGAUCUUUUCAAAUGCAGCAAAUUCUGUGCUAACUUGAAGCAUUCUGAGAGGCUGAACUCGGGAGUGAUGGUAGUGGAACCAUCUGAAACUGUUUUUAACGAUAUGAUGAGACAAGUGUCCACUUUGCCUUCUUACACUGGAGGAGACCAGGGGUUUCUGAAUUCCUAUUAUUCUGACUUUCCCAAUGCCCAUCUUUUUGAGCCAAGUUUACCAGCAGAGGUGCGGAAGUCUAGACCGGUUCCUGCAAUGGAGCGACUUUCCACUUUGUAUAAUGCAGAUGUCGGUCUUUAUAUGCUGGCAAACAAGUGGAUGGUAAAUGAAAGUGAACUUCGUGUCAUUCACUAUACACUUGGUCCCCUUAAACCUUGGGAUUGGUGGACAUCUUGGCUUUUGAAACCAGUCGAUGUCUGGCAGGUACUGCUUUGAAUUAUUUUAAAUAUCUUUGUGGUUAAAUUUUUUUAUUAUAUAUUUUAUUAUAUAUUUAUUUUUUCUGAAUAUCAAGGUAUAUGAAUAUUGGUGCAGUCACAGGAGUACUUUGGCUCGUUAUGUAGAGGCUCGUUGUAUGACCAAAUCAAACACCUUUACUACAAGAUUAGAUCUGCGGUGACACUUAAUUAUACUGUUGUUUCUACAUCAUCCUCCAUUAAUCCCAACCAUCAGACCAAGGUGCCUGUUUAUUUGGGUGGGAUCUCUAUUGUUGUCUGUUUCAUGGCUGCCCUGGUGGCCCUUGCUCUUGCUUUUGCAAUUGUGCCUCGACAGGUUAUGCCAUGGACUGGUUUACUAAUGAUGUAUGAGUGGACAUUCACAAUCUUCUUUAUAUUAUUUGGAGGUUAUCUCCAUCUAAUUUACCAGUGGGGAAAGGGAACGGCAGUGCAAGCAGGAGCCUUGUCCUCUGUUCCUGAAUCAGUUGAUUAUGAUUCUGGGAAAGGUCAUCAACGGCAAGAAUCUUUAUGUGCUAGUGCUACACUGUGUUAUGGGCUAGGAAUGGCUUUUCUGGCUAUUGCUGCUCCAUCUUUGCCUUGUCUUUUUGGGAUAACUGCUCUAUUUUUAAGGCUAGGUUUGAUGGUCGUGGGAGGCCUGGCUUUGGCAUCUUUCAUGACAUAUGCUUCAGAGCACCUUGCAACUAGGUCAUUUUUAAGAGGUUUCGAAGACCGAGAUGGAACGAGAAGUAGGAGCUUUUGUUUGUUGUGUUGACUGGUGAACAAAACUGAGUAUGUAACAUGUAACUGUAAGAAGUGUUUGAUUCCUUUUGUUGUAACCUAUUUCCCAUGGAAAGGCCCUACCAUUAGUUUGUAAAGUAUUGCAGAAAGCUUGUUGAUCUAGAAUUGCUUGUUAUCCAAGAAAUUUUGUGACAAUAUUCUUUCAGAAACUAUUAAUCAUAAUCCCGAUUCC